CGUUAUUAUUUUGUUUUCUUUUAGGAUCGAGGUGUGAAGGAGGAUGAAUUGCAGAGCAUCCUCAACUAUUUGCUAACAAUGCAGGAGGAUGAAAACCUGCAUGACGUGUUGCAGUUGGUGGUAGCUCUCAUGUCUGAGCAUCCAGCUUCCAUGAUCCCUGCUUUUGACCAGAGAAAUGGAAUACGGGUAGUCUACAAGCUCUUGGCCUCUAAGAGUGAAAAUAUUCGUGUGCAAUCCCUCAAAGUACUUGGAUAUUUUCUGAAGCACUUGGGACACAAAAGGAAGGUGGAAAUCAUGCACACACACAGCCUUUUUACUCUUCUGGGCGAGAGGCUUAUGCUGCACACCAACACUGUGUCUGUUACAACUUACAACACCCUUUAUGAGAUUUUGACAGAGCAGGUGUGCACACAGGUAGUUCACAAACCUCAUCCUGAGCCUGACUCCACUGUCAAGAUUCAGAAUCCAAUGAUUCUCAAGGUCGUAGCAAAUUUACUGAAGAGCUCCGCCCCCGGCACAGAACUGAUGGAGGUCCGGCGGCUCUUCCUUUCAGAUAUGAUCAAACUCUUCAGCAGCAGUCGAGACAACAGACGGUGUCUGUUGCAGUGCUCUGUAUGGCAAGACUGGAUGUUUUCUCUCGGCUACAUUAACCCCAAAAACUCAGAAGAACAGAAAAUGACUGAGAUGAUGUACAACAUAUUCCGUAUUCUGCUUUACCAUGCCAUCAAGUAUGAAUGGGGAGGAUGGCGUGUGUGGGUGGACACUCUCUCUAUAGCCCACUCUAAGGUGACGUAUGAGGCGCACAAAGAAUAUUUAGCAAAGAUGUAUGAAGAGUACCAACGUCAGGAGGAGGAGAACAUAAAGAAAGGGAAGAAGGGUUUGGUCAGCACCAUCUGUGGUCUCUCUGCUCAGACCUCAAACAUCAAAGAUGUGAUUGAGAUCGGAGAAAUUGAUGAUCAUUCCCAGACCCCCGACAGCGAGGCAGACUACGAGAGUGCUGAUUCGCGCAACCUGCUGACUGAAGGGAAGGGGCCUGAGGGAGACUUCGGGGGAUCUGAGAAUACAAUAGAUGGGGUCAGAGUUGCAGUUCAUGACCUUCUUGUGGACAUCAAAGCUGAAAAGGUGGAAGCUACAGAGGUGAAGAUGGAUGACACAGAGCUGUCUUCUGAGACAGUGGGAGUAUCUGAGAACGGGCCUCUGGUUGAGGUGGAGUCUCUGUUGGAUAAUGUUUACUGUGCCGCUGUGCGGAAGCUCGACAAUAAUGUCAGCAGUAUGUUGAUGCCAAAGGGCAGCAUGAAUGACCAGAAUGCUGCCCCUCUCAUUACACUGGAUGAUGAGAAGGACGACAUCCCUCAAAAUAACAAUUUCCUGUUUGGCAAGGUGACGGGCAGCAUUGAGGACAAUCUCCUACCGGAUCUCAGCCUAGCUGAGCCUCUGGUCCUGCCGAAUUCAGAGCUUCCCGAUCACACUGGAUCCAGGGAUGAAAUUGGCCUUCUGGCUCACAUGACAGGCAGCUCCUUACCCAGCAUCUUGGUAAAGGAGGAGUUUGAACUCAAAAAAGUGCUGGAAAACAUGAACUCAGAAACUGAAGGCUUUUCCAAAAUCCCACAGACCUCCGACGGUGCAACAGAAUUUGAAGGGGAAUUGCUGGCUGAUAAGACGAAUGGUGGAGUAGAGACAAGGAGCAACGCCUCUGAGACUGCAAGGUCAGAUGAUGGCAAAGACAAGGAGAUGAAAAAGAUUCAGACAACAGCCACAACACAGAGUGUGCAUGGACGCCCAGUCUCUCAGCUGGAAAAGGACAUUCGGGCGGACCUUGGCUUUAGGGCCGUCCCCAUAACAGAGGAACAGCGACAUCAGUUCAGCCCUGGUCCCCGCACUACAAUGUUCCGCAUUCCAGAGUUCAAAUGGUCACCCAUGCACCAGAGACUGCUCACUGACCUGCUAUUUGCUCUGGAGAGUGAUGUCCAUGCCUGGAGAAGCCACUGCACCAAAUCUGUCAUGGACUUUGUUAACAGCAAUGAAAACAUCAUUUUUGUCCACAACACCAUCCAUCUCAUCUCCCAAAUGGUAGAUAACAUAAUCAUCGCCUGUGGAGGGAUUUUGCCCCUUCUUUCUGCGGCCACCUCUCCCUCCACUGUCAAGACCGAGUUGGAGAACAUUGAGGCGACGCAGGGCAUGUCCUCAGAGACGGCCAUCACUUUCUUGUCUCGUCUCAUGGUUAUGGUGGACGUUCUGGUGUUUUCGAGCUCCUUGAACUUCAGCGAGAUCGAGGCUGAGAAGAACAUGUCCUCUGGUGGUUUGAUGCGCCAGUGCCUCCGACUGGUCUGCUGUAUGGCUGUAAGGAACUGUCUGGAGUUUAGACAGAGGCACAACAACAGGACUCAGGAAAUCUUACAGAAUGCUGUGACCUGCAAGACAUCUGGAGAGGCUGGCCCUACUAACCUGUCUCCAAUCAAAGAUCCUGAUCGGCUGCUGCAGGAUGUGGACAUCAACAGACUGCGAGCUGUUGUGUUUCGUGAUGUGGAUGACAGUAAACAAGCCCAGUUCCUGGCUUUGGCUGUGGUGUACUUCAUCUCUGUCCUCAUGGUUUCCAAGUACCGUGACAUCCUUGAGCCUCAGUGUGAGCCUGGGAAGAUGAGCUGUCAGUUAGGCCGCAGCGUUCGCCAGGAGAUCAACUCACCGACCAGCAAAGAAACUCCACUGUCAUUCACAAGCAGUAAGGAGAUUUUUUUGCCAUCUGAAGACCUUCACAUAGAAACCUCUUUACCCCACACAGACUCUGGGAUUGGGGACGAGCAGGUAGCCAGCAUCCUUAACGGGUCUGGCCUGGAUCACAAAGUGGGAGGAGUUAGUGCUGUGAACGAGCUCAUUUCCACACUUUCCUCUGAGGUGAAGAAGUCCCAGGAGAUCCUGUCUGAACCUUCUAAUGUCGAGGUGCUCAAAUCGUCCUCCUCCGUCAUCAGCAUUAGUCAGUCCAAGAAGGGCAUCAAUGUCAAGGAGAUUUUGAAGAGCUUGGUUGCCGCCCCGUUGGAGGGCGUGGAGGCUGGACUUGAGCCAGUGUCCUUCCCAGACACUGCUGCAAAGGCCCAGGCUGUGCUGCCGGUGCAGUUUCAGUCCUUUGACAGGAGUGUGGUGGUUCCCGUGAAGAAAACCUCCCCUGGCAGCUUUGCGGUCAACACACUGGGCUCCAGCAGCACCAGCACCUCCCCUGGGCUUUCGAGCUGCAGCACCCCCAACAUCUUUGCCGCUGCCUCUGCGACCCCUAAAAGCAUGAUCAACACCACCGGCGCUGCUGAGGCGGCCUCUGCCUCUGCAUCGUCCUCCGCCAGUUUUGUCAACGGCGCGACGAGUAAAAAUCUUCCCGCCGUGCAAACCGUGGCCCCCAUGCCUGAAGACACCGUCGAAAAUAUGAGCAUUACUACAAAAUUAGAGAGAGCAUUGGAGAAGGUGGCUCCCUUGUUGAGAGAGAUCUUUGUGGACUUUGCACCCUUCCUGUCACGGACUCUGUUGGGCAGCCAUGGACAGGAGUUACUAAUCGAAGGUCUCGUAUGUAUGAAGUCAAGCACCUCAGUAGUGGAGCUCGUCAUGCUUCUUUGUUCUCAGGAGUGGCAGAACUCCAUUCAGAAGAAUGCUGGCCUCGCUUUCAUCGAGCUAAUAAACGAAGGAAGGUUGCUGUGCCAUGCCAUGAAGGACCACAUUGUUCGCGUUGCCAACGAGGCUGAAUUCAUCCUGAACAGACAGCGAGCUGAGGACGUCCACAAACAUGCAGAGUUUGAGUCCAGCUGUGCACAGUAUGCUGCAGACAGGAAAGAAGAGGAGAAGAUGUGUGACCACCUGAUAAGUGCUGCUAAGCAUAGAGAUCAUGUCACAGCCAAUCAACUGAAGCAGAAGAUUGUCAACAUCCUCACCAACAAGCAUGGGGCCUGGGGUGUACCAUGCCAGAGUCAGCUGCAUGACUUCUGGCGUCUCGACUACUGGGAAGACGACCUACGGCGGAGGAGGAGGUUUGUCCGAAACCCAUUUGGCUCCACCCACUUGAAUGUAGCAUGCAAGUCCUCACAAGAGUAUGCCUUAAAGGAAGAAAAGGUUGUGAAGUCCAAGAUAGUUUUUCGGAGCCCAACUUUGGCCUGUCAGAACCCAGAGACAGAACUGGUCCUGGAUGGAGAAGACGAUAACGUCAGCCUGCUCCAUGAGAAGGAGAUGGACAACGUUGGCGGUCCGGUGGUCCUGAGCAGCUCGGCCCAGCUUGUCGCCCCUGUCCUGGUCGCCCGCGGAACUCUGUCCAUCACCACCUCUGAGAUCUACUUUGAGGUGGACGAGGAUGACCCUGCCUUCAAACGGGUCGACCCGGAGGUCUUGGUUUACACAGAUGGUUUGCAUGGCAAAUGGAUGUUCAGCGAGAUUCGGGCAGUCUUUUCCAGACACUACCUUCUGCAAAACACUGCAAUGGAGGUUUUCAUGGCUAAUAGAACGUCUGUCAUGUUCAACUUUCCGGACCAAGCCACAGUAAAAAAGGUUGUCUAUUGUCUCCCUCGAGUAGGAGUGGGCACUAGCUAUGGACUUCCACAAGCAAGACGGAUCUCCCUGGCAACCCCUCGGCAGCUUUUCAAAUCCUCAAACAUGACCCAGCGCUGGCAGAGAAGAGAAAUCUCCAACUUUGAGUAUCUGAUGUUUCUCAACACCAUAGCUGGGAGGACGUAUAAUGACCUGAACCAGUACCCGGUCUUCCCCUGGGUUCUCACCAACUAUGACUCGGAGGAGCUGGACUUGACCCUUCCAGGGAACUUCAGAGAUCUCUCCAAGCCUGUUGGUGCAUUGAAUCCAAAGCGUGCAGCAUUUUACUCUGAACGCUUUGAGUCGGGAGAAGAAGACCAGACACCUCCCUAUCAUUACGACUCCCACUACUCCACUGCUGCCACCACUCUGCAUUGGCUCAUCAGAAUAGAGCCCUUCACCACGUUCUUCCUCGGUGCCAACGAUAACAAAUUCGACCAUCCUGAUCGCACGUUUUCUGCCAUCACACGCUCUUGGAGAAACUGUCAAAGAGACACGUCGGAUGUAAAAGAAUUGAUUCCCGAGUUCUACUAUCUCCCAGAGAUGUUUGUUAACAGCAAUGGCUACCAUUUAGGAAUGAGGGAGGAUGGAAACAUGAUCUGUGAUGUGGACUUGCCAGCCUGGGCCAAGAAGCCUGAAGACUUUGUUCGGAUAAACAGGAUGGCCCUGGAAAGCGAGUUUGUGUCAUGUCAGCUGCAUCAGUGGAUUGACCUUAUUUUCGGCUACAAGCAGCGAGGGCCAGAAGCAGUGCGUGCCCUCAACGUAUUUCACCACCUGACUUAUGAGGGCUCCGUCAGCUUGGACAGUAUUGCUGACCCUUUGCUCAGAGAGGCCACAGAGGCGCAGAUCCAGAGCUUUGGACAGACGCCAUCUCAGUUGCUUAUUGAGCCACAUCCUCCACGCAGCUCCGCCAUGCACCUGUGUUUCCUUCCGCAGAGUCCUCUCAUGUUCAAGGACCAGAUGCAGCAGGACGUCAUCAUGGUGUUAAAGUUUCCGUCCAAUUCGCCGGUUACGCAUGUGGCUGCCAACACCCUGCCCCAUCUCACCAUACCAGCCGUGGUCACCGUCACCUGCAGCCGCUUAUUUGCCGUCAAUCGAUGGCACAACACCGUUGGUCUCCGAGGAGCACCAGGCUAUUCUCUGGAACAGGCCCAUCAUCUCCCUAUAGAGAUGGAUUCUCUGGUUGCCAACAAUACUGGCAGCAACAAGCGUCAGAUCACAGACCUAGUGGACCAAAGCAUCCAAAUCACCACACACUGUUUUGUGGUGACAGCUGACAACCGCUACAUCCUGGUGUGUGGCUUCUGGGACAAGAGCUUCCGUGUGUACUCCUCUGAGACAGGCAAGCUGACCCAGAUCAUUUUUGGCCACUGGGAUGUGGUGACAUGUCUGGCCAGAUCAGAGUCGUACAUCGGAGGCGAUUGCUACAUUGUUUCUGGGUCUCGGGAUGCUACCCUGCUGCUUUGGUACUGGAGUGGGCGGCACCAUAUUAUUGGUGACAACCCCAAUCACGGCGACUACCCAGCACCACGAGCAGUUCUGACUGGUCAUGACCAGGAAGUUGUGUGUGUGUCAGUCUGCGCAGAGCUGGGCCUCGUCAUCAGUGGAGCAAAAGAGGGUCCUUGUCUGGUCCACACCAUAACCGGGGACCUUCUACGGGCCCUAGAGGGGCCAGACAACUAUCAGUGCCCACGGCUCAUCUCAGUGUCCAGUGAGGGUCACUGCAUCAUCUAUUACGAGAGAGGCCGCUUCUGCAACUUCAGCAUAAAUGGAAAACUGCUGGCACAGAUGGAGGUCAAUGAUUCCACCAGGGCAAUUCUCCUGAGCAGUGAUGGACACAACCUUGUGACAGGUGGAGACAACGGUGUGGUGGAAGUGUGGCAAGCUUGUGACUUUAGACAACUCUACAUCUACCCCGGCUGUGAUGCAGGCAUCCGAGCCGUGGAUCUAUCACAUGAUCAAAGGACCUUGAUCACUGGCAUGGCAUCUGGCAGCAUUGUGGCAUUCAACAUAGAUUUCAACAGAUGGCACUAUGAGCAUCAAAACAGGUACUGACCAGAUGAAAACUUCCAACAUAAAGGUUAAGAAAAAACAAAACCUGCUAACCUGUGACUGUGGCGAGCAGAAGAGGAUCCAAAUAGCAAAGAAGGGAUCAAUCAGCAGGAGAACAUCAAAUAUUUUUUUAUGUUCAUCUGACCUCAGAGGCAACCACAUUCUGAUUUAUCUGCUGCUGUACAAUCUGGACACAUUGUUUUAUUAUUGUACCUUAACACCAGCUGUCGUCUCGAACUGAGACAAGUGGGACUGUUGUGAUUAUGGAGAAACUGAGGUGAUGUAUGCACAGAUGUUAAAUUCUAAAUGUUUCCCUUUUAAACUGGAAAAAAAGUAAAGCAACAUAUCAGCUGUUCACACAUUUGACAGAUAUUUGGGAAAAGUGUAAAGAAAAAGAUCUAAAUGCUGGUGGCAUAAGAUUUUUGUUAGCGGUAAAGGCUUAAUAUCUAAAUGCUGUGGGACAAGCCAAUGAAAUGAGAGAUGCCAUUGUGCAAGCCAUGAGUUAUUGUAGUCAUCACCUUAAACAUUUGUUAGUAACAUGGGUAAAGCUGCUGUGUGCACCUAAACAGAGGUUAAUUUGUAUGUUUGUGAAAAGACUAAAUGUUCAUAUAUUUGUUGUUCGUUAAUAUGGAAAUGUGAGUUUUAAUGUAAUCUUUGUGUCCUUUGUGAUAAAUGUUUUUAAUAUGCCAGCAACAUUUAAAUGUGACAUUGCCUUUCUUUUUGUUUUUUUGUUUUGUUUUGUUUUUAAGUAGGACUAUUAGUUUACAUUUUUUGUUCAAAAGAUGACUCAAAAAAUGAAAUGCCAAAUUUGUUACAUGGUAUCUUUUGAUUUCCGUUUGUAGCAAAACUGACAUUUUGAAAAUGUCAUUUUAAUGACCAUGUUAUUAAUGGUGCAUUAGACAUCAGUUCUGUUAUUUAAAACCUUUGUAUUUUGUAUUCUUUUGCACAAAUUUUUUAUCACGUUAAUUCAUAAACUGCACUUACUGUCAAUCUGUACUCUCAUAAGCAAUAUUUUGUUUCAGAAUAGAUUUAAGGAAGGUUUUCUGUUACUUGACAUUAGUUAUUGAUGCAGAUAAAGUGCUCUAUUUUAGUAUAUUGAUUAAAGCUAUUAAAGCAUUACUCUGCUCAUUAUCUGUCGAUCUGUAUGAACAAAAAUAUGCAAAGUAAUAACUUUUGGUUUGUUUCUAAGCACAUGUCUAACAUAAAACCAAUCUACCUAAAGCUAUAAUUUUGCAUGCUAAGAUAUUAAGGCGGCACUGGGUUUACCAUGUGUUCACAUAAAACUCAUUUCAAAAAACAAUCUGUUUUUCACUUAUACGGCAGUCAAAUUCCAUGUAGCGUUUUAAUAUUCAUGCAGUGUUUUAAUAUUCCAGUUGUGCAGUGUCAUUUUCAUAUGUUUUAAUUUAAAUGCAACAUAUUUGGAGAUUGUAACUGCAUUAAAAAAAAAAUAUGGACCUGAGUGAACUUAUGUAGUGUUUCUUUAAAUAAAUGUAAAUUGUAAAUC